AUGCCAACAAUUUUACUUCCUUCUUCUGCUGCUGCCUUUGCGCCGCGGUCAUCGCCCAAUGUGGUCCUGACUCGAAAGGUUGCGCCGUGGUUGACGGCGACGUUGAAGCGAGUCAACCGGGUCAAGCGCCCGCUCAACAAUGUCACUCAGCACACUCGGUGUUUAACCGAGACUCUGUCAUCCAGCAAUGCGAUAUGGACCCUUUGCUCGAUGAUGUUUACUAAGGCGCCUGAAGCAGAGCUACGGAAGGACGAGAAUCCGCUCGUGGAGGGCCUGUUUAACUACCAGAUGAUCCACAUCGAGGCUUAUGUCGUACAUGUUGACAUGGUUUCGCGUAACGAGGUGGCUUUCAAAUUGACCCCGGAGACUAUCGAGUCCCUAGUGGACUUUCAUAAAGAUAUCUAUUCGGUUGAUGCCGCUGCGAACACGUGGGACUGGUCAGGCAAGCAGGCCCAGCUGAAGAAGUUGCAGGAAGAGUUCGUCCAAGCCGCCAACAAGUUCGUCUAUCGGACCGAUGCCGAAGCCCUGGAGGGACUCGAGGAGGAUGGAGCCGGAGAGUUACUCUGCGGCCGGAGCGAGGAGGCCAAAACAGCGAUCUCGAGUCUUUUCGUGCCGCUGUUGCCUCCGCCGCCACGGGUGGUGGACGUUCUGCGCCCAGUACCUCUCCUGCCCAGCUCGACGGGCCCUGAAACCUGGUGGCAUACCCCGAUGCCUCCCUCCGCCCCAAUGGAGUGGAAAGUACUGCCACCCAGCCCAUCCCCGCCUAGCACGGGUGAUUCUAAUCCGAAUCUGUGGGCCAGUCUCGCUUUCACUGAAGGCCAACUGCCAUCGCCGACCCCCUCCUAUAGCCAACCCUUUACCACCGCGGCUUACCCGACGUACGACAUCAGUAUGGCAGCGACCUCGGCAUCUCUCGCGACCCUCCCGCUCCCCAGCAUGCUUGUGCAACCGUGCGGCACGGUUGCCAAUAUGGCUGGCUUCGGUGGCUGGGGUGACUUUGCCCCCUUGCCCUACGGCACGACGAUAUAG